AUGGAUUGGGGGGAUGAAUAUCCCCAUAAUUCUUUUGACCUACAUUGUUUGUUAAAUUCAUUUCCUGGAGACUUGGAGUUUCAGCAAAUCUUCAGUGACAUUGAGGAAAACAUCCAACAAAAUGCUAUAAGCAUUGAAUAUUGCAUUAAAGAAAUACAAUCAGAAGUUAACAGACAAUGUCCAGAUGCACAGCUUCAAACAACAACUGACUGCUUUGAAUGGCUUAAUAACUAUAGUUAUAAUUCAUCUAAGUCACCUUCCAUUCCCCAUGGAGAGUUGAUAAAAUUCCUCAAAACAAUGCAUGAUUUCUUGAAGAACAAGCAAAAUCAAGAAGAAAUGAUACUGGAUUUACUCUGGGACCUCUCCUGUCAGAGCAGCAUUUCGUUACCGUCUUCUCUAAGUGGAACAUCUUUCCAUUUCCUCUCCAGAACUUCUCUUCAUUCUGUUGAAGAUCAGUCCUCAGUGGAUAUAAAGGCUAUAUGGGAUAAUAUAAGAUUGCAUCUUAGACGCUUCUUAGUCAACAAAUUACAAAGUCAUAAUGAAAUAGCAGAAAAUUCACAGCAGAAAAUUGUAUUGAAAACUCAGUGCAUAAGGCAACUCUUGUUCCUUUAUCCAGAGUCAGAAGUUACACUCAAGUACCAGAACAUACAGAAUAAACUUUUGGCUGAAUUUCUGCAAAACAGCUUUCCCUCUUAUAGAAGAGAAUCAAAUUUAGACAUAAUGGUUCAUGGAUACCAAAGUGCAAUGCUUAAUUUGUACUCAAUGAUCAAAGAGGAUUUUAACACACUUCAUGAAAUUUUAGCUCCAUCUUCAACAGUGAAAUUCAUUAAAGAAACCUACCUGAAUACCAUUGCAGAAGAAAUGGCAAAAUUCCUUGAAAAAUUUUGUGAGCUGCAGUUCAAAGAAAAUGCUGUUCGUGUGGUUAAGACAACCAAGAGCUCCAGCAAGCAUAGAGGAGCAGUGCAUGCUUUGGGUUAG